AUGCUUUAUUUAUUUGAUUUGGAUCCAGUUUUUCCUCAAUUAAUACUAACAACUAUAAUGAAUAGUAAAGAAGACUGUCCAAAAGUUAAAGAAACAAUAUCAGGCCGUUUAGAUACAAAUAUUUUAAAAAGAAUUAUAGGUUUUUACCAUCCAGAAAAAGAAAUACUAAUAGUUAAGCAUAAAAAAGUUGUAGUUAUUCAAAAGCAAGACGAUUCAAAUUCAGAUUCAGAUAUUUUUUCAGAUGCACAAGAUUAUGUUUGUGAAGUAAAUAAAUCAACAACUACCACAACAACAGAAACACAAGCAAAAUCACACCAUUACUUUAAAAAUAAAGAAGACUAUUCAGAUGAAUUCGAACCAAUUGGUAAAGAAGGUGAUGAAAAUGACCACAAUGUCCUGGCAUAUAUCAAAUCAUUUAUUAUUGUAUGUGGAACUCUUUAA